CGCGAGACAGAGAGGGCGGGAGGGGCUGCUCGCGGAAGCGCCUGUUCAGUUCGGGGCGGGACUCUGGCCGAGACGCGGGUUUUCCUUUGUGUCCUUCGAAGAGCGAGAAAGAGAGGCCGGGUCGUCAUGUCGUUCCGUCAGCGGAGCCCCCUCAGCGACCGUGCUCGCAGCAGACCACCAGCUCGUUGGACUCAAGGGAGGAAGCGUGAUGCUGAUGGAAAUCACAGAAGCGUGUAUGAUUCAAGCCUGCCCACUGAUGAAGACGAUGAUGAUACAUUCAGACUAUUAAACAACAGGCCAGAUAGUUUCACAACACCAGAAGGCCAUAAACCCCGCUCAAGGUGUUCGGAUUGGGGAACUGCAGUUGAAGAAGAUGAAAUGAGGACUAAGGUUAAUAAAGAAAUGGCAAGAUACAAAAGAAAGCUUUUGAUAAAUGAAUUUGGAAGAGAGCGGAAGCUGUCUACUGGAAGUUCUGAUUCAAAGGGAUCCACGACAACAGUAGAACUUGAGACUGAUGAAGCGGUUCUCUUAAGGAGACAGAAACAAAUAAAUUACGGGAAGAACACACUGGCAUAUGACAGAUACACUCGGGAAGUUCCAAGGUGUCUUCGAGUUCCAGGGAUCCAUCCAAGGACUCCAAAUAAAUUUAAAAAAUAUAGUCGGCGAUCUUGGGACCAACAAAUUAGACUUUGGAAGGUGGCAUUGCAUUUUUGGGAUCCUCCCCAAGAAGAAGGCUGUAAUACACAGAUCAUAAGUGGAAGGAUUAAGGAAAUAAUGAAGAAUUUAGACAUCAUCACAACUGAAACCCUAGACAGUGUGGUAAUUCAGAAGAUAAAAAAUGACUACUUUUUCAAGAAUUACGAGAAAAAAGGGGAAAAUACUUUGGUUAAUAGAACAAGAACUCCAAUGUGAGAACUAAAAACUUUGAGAAAAGAAGACAUUUAUUUUAGAGUCUACAAAUUUGCAGCAAAAGGUUGCUUGUUUGUAUAAUUAAGAAAAUACUCAUUUAUCAAAACUUGACAUUGUGAGCCAUGGACUGGCAGGUUGCCACAGACUUUGUGUUCCAGUUUACACCAGGUUAAUCCAAGUCCAUGCAGUUCUUUAGCAUACGUAUGACUGCAUACAUUCAGUUCAAAACGUGAAAAAAAAUUGUUCAGCUCGUUGAUUUGAAGUAUGCUCAGCUUUAGUUGAUGAAUAUUUGACCCUAAAAGCCAAAGAUAGAUGUUUGCCACCAUCUUAGAGAAGAAAAACAAUCUGCUUUUUAAAUAUUUUGGUUCCAUUGUAUGCCCUGCUUAUGCUUUCAUGUCUAUUCCAUCUUGAUUUGAAAUAUUAUAAUACUAACUUGAUCUAACAUUGAGCACUAGUCUGUCCAAAACUAGUUAUUAGAUCUAAGUAGGCUAGAUCCAUUGAAACAAUUUGAUAAGUCAACACUUAAUUUCAUUUUGUCAAUUAAUCUGCUCUAGGUGGUAUUAAUAGUUGGAUUGAGAUCAUUAAUGUCAGGUGGGAACAUUCAUGAAACCAUUAGAACUCCUAAUUUAAAGUUCAUAAUCCAAAUGCAGAUGUGACAAUAUAGACUCAAGGUAUACAACUGGAAUACUGAUAGUCAUCUUGAGUUCUUGAGGAAUUCUUAUAUUUAAUGCAUUUGUUUGAUCUGGAGAUUGUGUGAAGAAAGACUAAAAAACAAAUGAAGUAUACUACAGUGACAAACACAUGUGGAGGAUGAGAGUGUUACCUGACAACAUAAUUGAUGCAUUCAUACACUUAUCACAGUAUAUCAGUGGUCACGGUCAGUUUGAACUAUGUUUGAAGAUUUAUUGCAUGCCAUACUGAGUGAUGUAGCAGUAGCAUGGUCAUUCACGUAGCCUAGGACCUCUUCUACUGGCAUUUACAUAAAAAUGUUAUCAAUCAGCAACUGGUGCUUUGGUUUUUCCAAAUCCAGAAAAUGUUUAAAAUAACAGAUCGUUCUGCCAAGAACUGGUAUGUGGAUGAUUCAUAUCCAGAAUUUCCCUUCUCAUAAUUCUUUUGACAAAGAUACUGCUCAAUUUUGAAGUUUUAGGGUAAAACAAAACCAAGAUGUAUGUAUAAUUAGAUAGACAAAAGCAGAUAAUUAAAUGAUUUCCUUUAUCUCUCAAAUUCAUGCACUAUUUUUACAUUGCUGACUUCAU